UGCGUGUGUUAUGAAUGAGUGUCAAAUUCAAUCUUCAGUCAGUGGAAAAUGUAACGGAGAUUAUAUUCUUACGAAUGCAUAUUAAAAUUUGACAUUUAUUUUCGAUGACACGAAACGUUACGUGACGUUACCAUCGUAACUAAUCAUAGGAAAAAUUGCCAGAAACGUUAAUCCUCUGACGAGAGUCAAUUAGUCGAUCAAGUUACGUACGUACCAGUGACUAAUUAGUAGUUUUAAGUCGAUGAUAUGUACCAACGUACGCACUAGGAAACUUUUUUAUCCAAUAUCGAUAAGAAAGGUGACUACUGCCUAUUGUUUUUAAAUCAACUGCGUAUACGAUCGUUGUAUAUUUUCGAAAAGCUUUUCUUUAAAGAAUCCAAGAAUUAGAAUAAUAACGGAAUGACAAAAGAUUGUAUGAAAUAAGAGAUGCGAUAGUUUAUGAAUAUCACGCUGCGUUUUAUAAGAUUUGGAACGACAGUGAAUAUAACGUAUCGGAUUUAUAGAAUCGAAGGAUGAACAAUUCUGAAACACGCGGUUGAAGUUUUCCAAAACUGAUCGUCACUUUGAAUAUGGGGAAAUUAUAGCCUCAAAUUCUUUAAGUGGCAAUAAAAGAUGAGCCUAAAACUAAUAUACGUAAUCAACGUAAUAGCAUGAAUGCCUUGCCACCGAAUAGAACGUCGAAAACAAAGUUUUAAGUUCAAUUCCAUCUGCAAUGGUACGUUUAUUUCACUUUAACAACAGGAUCUAUCCAUAAAUCAUGUUCAACGAGCAUGUUGCAUAUUAUUAUACAGUACAUCGUUCAUUCAAAAUUCUAAAUAUCGUUUUGCACAUUUUAUUAUCCUGUUUCAUUCGUGAUAUUUAUUCUAAUUAUCUAAGCAAUGUAUAAUAGUGUCGAUGAAGUUGAGCCAGCCUUGCCGAAAGCAAUAAUAAUCAUAAUGGAUCAAGAACGAAUGUAUAUGGAUGACAACGUAACUGUCAUUAGACAAAUGUAUGCAAAAUUUCCUUUAAACAAAAAUAAAAGAGACGCAGUAAGUUGUUUGAAACUAAUUGCGCUUAUUUGCGAUUUAAGAGAACAUUUUUGGGAUCGUACUAUAAUAAAUUAAAUCUAGACAGAAAUUUUUCGAAAUUUAGUGAUUAGAAAAAGAUUCAUUUGUUUUCGUAUAAACUGUCGUCGAUAUCGAGAUACAUUUGUUAACAAGCAUUUCGCUACUCUUAAGAAAUUACAAGUAACACGUUGAGUAAUUAACAAUAAUUAUUAAUUGCCUUAAUAACGAUUAAUAAAAAUUGCCUUCUGGCAAUAUUUUCAGGAUCAACGAAAAUUAAGCAACACAAUGUUUAUUUUAUCGAAACGAUUUUUCGUCCGAUGAAACUUUAGCCGAAAAAAGGAUAUUGUUUUAGAGAGGUCGGGCAGGAUGUUCUUUGCAUUUGUUACACGGAGACCUAUGACUUUUUGGCGGCUGGCCUGAUGGAUGGUUCGGUAAAAUUGUACAAAACCAGAUCGGACGAGGUGUCGAUGCUGCGUGACACUGAAAUGAUGCAGAAACCAAGUCCGACGACGGCGAUUAAGCACAGACCUGUCCACAAAUCUCAUCCAAUCUCGCGUACCGUCCUUACAACCUGUUAGUACUCAUUGUCAGUUUAUUUUUUAUAUAGCUGUGAAGCGAUAAAGGAUUAAUUUUUUCGCUCGGUUCUUUCUCCUUUUACCAUAUUUCGUUGGUCCAGAUGCUAAUGGCUGCGUCAAAUGCUGGCAUUAUCCAACUUCACAGUGUCUUUACACGAUACGGGAAAAGAGGCAGGUGCUGGGUUUAGCUUACCAUUUUCGUCUGCCAAAGUUCCUAACUUUAGGCGACGAUGCGAAGCUUAUACUUUACGACGAAGAAACCAAGAUGCAGGAAAGAGUAUUUCACGCAAGGUUUCCUAUCAUUACUGAAAUAUAUUUCGUCAUUAUUGUCUCGGUUGCAGUGGAAAAUCAAAAUGUAAAAACAGUAUUUCAAGAUUUUCGUUGUUCUUAAAAUAUCUUUCAUCCAUAUAAUUUAGGGUGCAAUAAUUUGUAUAUGACAACGAAUUAACUUCUAUAUACGAUCAACGAUGCUAUAGAGCUGUGUAUAUUUGUUGAUCAUUGGGUACGACAAUCUCUACAGACGAUUCAAAUGUUUUAGAUCAAAAUCAAUUUGUUUCAACAGAUCUACGUCUUGUAACGACGUCCUAGAGAGUGGAAGACUUCAAAGUCACCUUGAUCUCGUUAAACGUGAUUGUAGCUCGUUCCUGAUCAAGACUAACUGCUCAGGGUCGCUUCAAAUCAAAUAAACUCGCACCAGGUGUCCACUGACAGUAGAUUUCCUAGUUAAACAGAUAGAUUGAUUGCUCUGCUACGACACAUUUAACUUGAUAUAAAAUUCAUUUCUUUGUCACUCGUAUUGCCAGUGGUCCACAACUUCCAAAGACACUUAACGAAAAUUCCUUCGUACAAUCACAUUUCUCUGCUUUCUAUUAAUAUGUACAGUAGUACUAAUAGAGUACUAAGAGACAGUACUAACAGAGGACCAGUAAAAAGGAACUAAAAUCUUGCAUAUCGUUAUUGAUACUCUUAUCACGAUAUAAAAUAAUAAAAUCGUUAUAAGGAAAAGUGAACACGGUUUCGCACGUAUAACACACAACGCGCUUGAGAUAACGCAGGCAAUGUUUCUUAUGACGCUUCUAUUCGCGUUCUCUUCAGUUACGUUUCAUUUACAAACGGAACGACUCAGCGACGAUCUUAAACGCAAUUACCCGCGCCACGCGGACAAUAGCCAACAUUCGUUCCUAUUUACAAACUAUAUAGUAGUUUCGCUAAUAGUUAUUUAGAAUGAUUCCAGUUUACAGUCGUUUCAAUUUGUACAAUUUUAUCCAACGAUAGAAAAAUAUCACCGACUACAAGUCAUACGCGUAAUUUUUUUUCGACCUGUAUAGAGAAAAACAAGGUUUUUAGCGGUCUUCGGUGUUCACAGUUGGCUGAAAUUUUAUUCGCCACAACCUGCUUCAUCCUCUUUCUAUUUACAGCAUCUCUUCGAAUCCCGAUAAAAGUUUAACAUAGAAAUAUUUCCUUUUUGUACGUUCUCUCCUCUUAUUUAUUUAUUUCCUGAUUUUUUAUUACAUUCUAGCGAGUCAUUGGAAGCCAUGGACGGUCAUAAAUCUAGAGUGUUCAGCGCGUGUUUCAACCCCAGAUCGGCACAUGAGCUGAUAAGCGGUGGUUGGGACAAUACUAUUCAAUUUUGGGACACUAGGCAACCAUACGCACUCAGGAGAAUAUCGGGUGUGCAUAUGUGCGGCGAUGGACUCGAUAUCAGUAGGGAUGGAAGAGAGGUACACAUAUUUAUAUCCAGAAUUCAAAAUCCAACUACAUCCACCUUAACACGUUCUUAUUCACACGGCAAGUAUAUAAAAAUUGUAGGACAGUUCGAAUCAGACGUUGCGGGUGUUCUCUUCGUUUUUUCUUUUUUUAUUAACAAACAACUAUAUUACGAACAGAUUUUGUCGUGCGCGUGGCAAAGAGAGAAUCCCAUACAAUUGUGGGACUACGGUAGCGGAAAGUUGCUUGCUUCCUUGGAACCCGACAGCUAUCCUUCCCUGCUCUACUGUGGCAAAUACGUGUCGAACAUGUUCAUCGCUUGCGGUGGCGCGGAUACCAAUCUCUUCAGAGUGAUCGACUUGCGAUCUCACGCCGUAAAUACAGAUUUCUCAUACGGAUCUCGUUCGCUCGCAGUUCACAGUCGGUAGAAACGAUAUAGUCAAGUCGUAAAUUAAAAUAUUAAUCUGCGACUAAAUUCAGAACCAUAGCGACGCGUUCUCAAUAUACACAUAUGUAUGUGUAUGUUAUAUAUGUAUGUGUAUGUAUAACAUCGGAACGCUUCGAGCAUGCUUCGAUUCUUAAGGCUGUUGAGUCUUCAAAGUUUAAUCGUAAGUUCCGAAAGAAUCGGAAGUUUUCAAAGUAUCGAAAGCCUCCUGUCGAUAUUCCAUAUUUUCUAGUAUACAGCAAUAAAUAAAACGUAGCAUACAAUAGUAUAUAAAACAUUAAAUGUGCAUCAAGAUUUCAGACUUUUCGAAUCUGGCACUUUCAUAUAUUACACGCUUUGUCCACGCAUCUAUGUAACACGUAACAUGUAACAUAAAAAAAGAUAACAGGUAUAAAUUUGAAAAUAAGUUUUGGUCUCUUCGUCGCAUGAAAUCUAAAAUUAUGUUUAAAAAUUAUCACAUUGCCAAAAUUUAACUCAACGAAAUCAAAGCGCGAGCAUUCUGUACAUCUGAUACUUUAGAAAUAGAUUUCGAUUGAUCCAAUGAAAUCCAAACCUACAGAAUUACAUAAUAAUUUGCAGAAAAAAGUUGACAAUUAGUAAGUCAAACAUGAUAUGAUCAACGCAUCGUGAAACUUUCACAUACUCGUACGGAUAACAAAACGUAGUAUUUUUAAAUAACCUGACUAUAUCCCUUCCGUCGAGUAUACUCGUUACGCAGAUGAUGACGACGAUUAUUUUUUCGACAGACGUUGGCGAUGAUCAGGAAUUUAAGAGGCGGUACGUACAGCUUGGACAUUGGCCCGAUAAACCCAAAGCACGCAAAGAAAACGAGGACCAUCUCCGUCGUACCACAACUUGCGUUCUGUGCUGGCAAGCGGAUAUUCGAGAUAGACGCGCAACCAAGUUGAUCGUCGAUCUUUCUUCAGUCGCUCUAUGUCUUGCCCGUGAAAAUUAAACUCUGCCACGAAAGCGAGUCGAUGUUUUCUUUCUCUAGUUUGUAAUUACAACACCAGAUGCUAGAUAUGCGCUUAAGAAAUAGUGUAAUUCGAAUAGCGUAGAUUUUCUUCAUUUCUCUCGUCACGAAGAUAACUCACGAAGAAAAAUUUUUUCGUUCGUUCCGUAUCGGAAUUGUAUAAAUUAUAUAAAUUAGUUUAGCGCAUUAACGCUAGAAAUACCAGAGCUUCCUUUUCUUCACGUUUCUCUGAAAUAUACUCAUUAAUCUUGUUUUAACGUCUUGAGGGAUAUCUGUUCCCGAAGAUCCCGUUGAACAGUUAUCUUAUUCUUUAGGAAUUACUCUUAUUCUUAUUAAAUUCGUGUUGGCGAAAAUAAUAAUUUUUAAGUCGACUAGUACGUUCCAGUGUUUAACGUUUCGCAGAACACCGACAGUGGAUAAAAUUUUCGAAAAUGACGAUACGAGUCACCGAUGGUACACGCAGCUCGAAAAGAAUAUCACCGUGAAGCCACAAAGAAAAAGGAAACGAUCUAACGAAUAAUCAGUUUCAUGCUGAAUAUCAGUCGUAAAGCACAGCAUUGGCAAUGUAACAUUUUUAUUCUAACUUAAUGUGUUACAGUUUUUCAGUAGCAUUCGGUCUCAGGAUCGUUUCACACCCCGGAUCUGUUUCGCCCGAGGAAGAACGAACAGAGGUUAGAACAAACGUAUGAGAAAAUUAUCCGAAAAAUUAUCUCAGUAAUAAAAUAUAUUUCUACGCAGACAGUGGUCGCGGUGCAUCUUAUCAAAAAAUGAGCCUCGCAUUCAUCAUCAUCACCAUCAUCACCAUCACCACCACCACCACCACCAUCAUCAUCAUCAUCACCAUAAUCAUCAUCAUCAUCAUCAUCAUCAUCAUCAUUACCAUCAUCACCAUCAUCAUCAUCACCAUCA